CGAAGGACGAAGGCGGAGCCAGGCCAAGGCGAAAGGGAAAGGCAGCCCCAUGAAGGCGCUGUGGCUAGUCUGCUGGCUCCUCUCCUCUUCCUGGGCUCUCAGCCUCCUCAGGAACAAUGGCGCCACCCCAGAGCCCCCCGCAGCCAGGAAAGGGCCGCCGCCAUCUUGCGACUCGGGGGCCGCCAGGAGGGAAAGCAUUAAAAGAAUUAGACACCUGAAUUCCUUCUCAACUAGUGACAACAAUACUGCUUUCUAUGGAAUAAAUCAGUUUUCCAAUUUGUUUCCUCAAGAAUUUAAAGCUAUUUACUUACAGAGUAAACCUUCUAAAGUUCCCAAAUAUACUCCAGGGGAUGGGCUAGAGGGAACAGAAAAACCUUUACCAGCAAAGUUUGAUUGGCGUGACAAGGAUGUAGUUACACAAGUGAGAAACCAAGGAACGUGUGGUGGCUGUUGGGCUUUCAGUGUUGUUGGUAUAGUAGAGUCUGUUUAUGCAAUCAAAAGGAAAUUUCUGGAAGAACUCAGUGUACAACAGGUCAUUGACUGUUCGUACAAUAAUAGUGGUUGCCACGGUGGCUCAACUGUAACUGCUCUGAGCUGGCUGAAUCAGACACGUGUGAAGUUGGUGAGAGAUUCAGAAUAUCCUUUUAAAGCUCAAAUGGGAUUGUGCCAUUAUUUCACUCGUGCAGAUUUUGGAGUCUCAGUCAAAGGAUAUGCUGCAUAUGAUCUCAGUGACCAGGAAGAUAAAAUGAAGAAGAUGCUGAUUGAAUGGGGUCCUUUGGCAGUAAUAGUAGAUGCAGUCAGCUGGCAAGAUUACCUUGGUGGUAUCAUACAGCAUCAUUGUUCCAGUGGAGAACCAAAUCAUGCAGUUCUUAUUACUGGUUAUGACACAACAGGUAGCAUUCCUUUUUGGAUUGUAAGAAACUCCUGGGGACCAACAUGGGGACUAGAAGGCUAUGUUCAUAUUAAAAUGGGUUCCAAUAUCUGUGGUAUUGCUGAUGAAGUUUCUGCUGUGUUUAUAUGAAACGGCUGCUCUACAAAAGGAUCUGUGGCAGAUAUUUCAAUCCUUGUGAACAAAAUAUGAAGGCAUUUUAUUUUCAAGAAGGGAUGCUAUUUGAGGGCAUUGAAACCUUAACAAAUCUCAGGAGAUGGAAGAAUCAUUCUCUUCCAGCCAGUGCCAUAGACAUUUACUAUUGGUGCACUAAACGCACUGCAAUACACCCAGACAUUGCACCACAGUCAUCAAUUAGGCAAGAGGAAGGUUUGUAUAUUACUAGUUCUGGUAUGAAGUGUAGUAAUAUUACCUUAUCGAAUCAAAAUGUUUUCAAAAUGUUUAAGUAAGAGUUUUGAGUUACAGUGACAUCCUACGCAGACAGCUGGUGACCAGGAUUUAUCAGAUAUUGUCUGGCAUCUUGUAGAUUAGUCCCCACCACAGUAGGCUCAUUAAAUCAAUUUAGAUUAUUUAGAUAAAUCCAGUGGAUUCAUGGGCCUACUCUAAUCAGGACUAAAAUAAUUUUUAGGCUGCUAUGUAUUUGCUGUGUGCCUUAGACAAACCAUAUUGUGUGUCUCAGUAUCUUAUCUGUAAAAGGGUAAUAAUGACCAGCUAUAUUCUGUACUUCUUGUGAAUAAAAAACAGAGGUUGCAGAGCA